AUGCACCCCGCGCGCGGCGCGAGCGGUGUCGCGCGCCGAUCGCCGCGUCCAGCGCACGGCACCCCCGCGUACGCGCGAUGGGUCCACGAGCGAGGGACGCGACGCGCGCGCGCGUGCAUCCUGUGGACCUCGCUCGCGCUGUGCGCGUUGUCGCUCAUCCCUCGACGGGUGUACGCACCGAUGAUCGACGUGUUCGGCGAUCGAGGGACGCUGUCCAUCGGCGAUCGGAUCGAACGCGCGAUCGCGGCGCGGGAGGCGGCGCAGGCGCGGGAGCGGGCGGCGCGGGAGGCGGCGCUCGAGGCGCGGGGACGGAGACGCAGAGGGUGGUUCGGGAGACGGGAAAAGGGCGCGAGCGCGGCGGACGCGGGGGGGGAGACGACGCGCGAUGAGACCGGGGGCGACGCCGCGGCUGAGGUGGGGUCGGUGGUGAAGAAGACGCUGAGCGAACGGGAGAUUUCAUUGUUGGAGGCGCUCGAGACGCGGCUCACAAAGGUGAAGGAGGAACGGAAUUCGAUAAUUUAUCUCAUGCGGAAGAUUCGAGGAGAGGACGUGGACGACUCGAAAGAUACGACGGCGCUCACGGAUGAGGAGAUCGAGACGCUGGCGAAUCGCGUCAAGGAGCUUGAUUCGCAAGCGGGGCUGUCUUCGAAAUUCUUUGGGGUGGGUUGA